GUGCUGUGUGCGCACUGCGUGCGGGGAUGUGCGUUGCGAGUUGUGUACUUGCGUAUUCCAGUGUUACUUCAUAUAACUCCGCGUUUCCCUCGAUUUCAGUGUGAUGAUUUGAUAACGAAACCUUCCACGAUCGAAAAAUGAUACCUAUAAAGUGUGCCAUGACGGAACAGCUGAUGCGAAGAGGCGCCUUGUCGGCGGUGACAUUAGUACGCAGAUCGCCAGUUCUUGGCACGAGUUACGUCCAGCUGUGCAGAGGCAAGAAAAGCGACAGCAACAGCAAUACAAAUAUGCCGCAAUCGCUGUUCCGUCCUGUGCCCGUCAAACCGAAUCCGGAUGACAUAAACGUCGGUGCCGAAAUAGCUGGGUCCUCAUUGAAGAAGACGGACCUACUGAGGAUACUGAAUUCCUUCGCGCAGAGGACGGAGAUCAAGAAACUGGCUCAACAAUAUGGAUUGGAUGACACCCUCCUGGCACAGGCUUUCACCAACUUCAAACAGUACUGCUUAGGAACGGAAUCAUUACCCGUGGACCUUUACGUAGUCCUGACCGAUAUCAUGCAUGGUGCCGGACACGUCACCGAUAUUUUUCCGUACUUCAUAAAACACACCAAGCAAAUAUUCCCGCACAUCGAUUGCUUGGACGAUCUCAAAAAGAUUAGUGAUCUACGAAGUCCCGCUACCUGGUAUCCUAUGGCAAGGGCAAAAAAUAGAAAAAUAAUUUUUCACGCUGGACCAACGAACAGCGGGAAGACUUACCAUGCUCUAGAAAGAUUUAUUAACGCAAAAAGUGGAGUGUAUUGUGCACCGCUGAAGUUAUUGGUCGCAGAAGUAUUUCAUAAAUGCAACGAAAGGGGAACACCGUGUGAUUUAGUAACUGGAGAAGAACGGAGGUAUGCCAAGGAUAAUAAUGAUGCAGCGGAUCAUGUAUCGUGUUCCGUAGAAAUGGUGAAUCUACAAAAUCAUUAUGAAGUAGCGAUAAUUGAUGAAAUUCAACUAAUGCGUGAUCUUCAUAGAGGCUGGGCGUGGACGAGGGCCCUUCUAGGAAUUCCCGCGGAUGAGAUACAUUUGUGUGGUGAAGCUGCUGCUAUAGAAUUGGUAAACUCUAUAUGCGUUUCAACGGGCGAAACCGUGGAAGUUCGCAGGUACAAGCGAUUGACGGAGCUGGAGAUAGAAGACCGAGCUGUCGAUAGUUUGAAUAACAUUAUGCCGGGGGACUGCAUAGUUUGCUUUAACAAAAACGACAUAUACACCGUGUCGCGUUCCCUCGAGAGCAGGGGAAAAGAGGUGGCUGUAAUAUACGGCGGCUUACCACCCGGUACCAAGCUGGCGCAAGCCGCGAAAUUUAAUGAUCCGAACAAUUCCUGUAAAAUCUUAGUAGCGACCAAUGCCAUUGGAAUGGGUUUGAAUCUGCACAUUCGAAGAAUUAUAUUUUAUUCGUUGAUUCAGCCGAUGUUUAAUGAAAAGGGCGAAAAAGAAAUGGACGUUAUAUCUGUGUCAGCGGCUCUGCAAAUAGCAGGUCGUGCUGGACGUUACGGCACAGCUUGGGAUACGGGCUACGUGACGACGUUUAAACGGGAGGAUUUGCCGACUUUGAAAAAUUUAUUGAGUCAAACGCCGGAGACAAUAAUACAAGCCGGCCUCCAUCCAACGGCGGAUCAAAUUGAGACGUACGCUUAUCAUUUGCCAAACUCGUCGUUGUCGAAUCUUAUGGAUAUCUUUAUAUCGUUGUGCACGGUUGACGAUUCUCUUUACUUUAUGUGCAACAUAAACGACUUUAAAUUCCUAGCCGAUAUGAUACAACAUGUUUUAUUGCCACUUCGUGCGAGAUACGUAUUUUGCUGUGCACCAAUUAAUCGGAAAUCGCCAUUUGUGUGCUCUAUGUUUUUGAAGUUUGCACGUCAAUACAGUAAAAACGAACCGAUAACGUUCAAUUGGUUAUGCCAACACAUCGGAUGGCCCUUUCAAAUGCCUAGAACUAUCCUUGAUCUCGCUCACUUGGAAGGCGUUUUUGAUGUAUUAGAUCUUUAUUUAUGGCUAAGUUAUCGCUUCAUGGACCUGUUCCCGGAUGGUCAAAUAAUCCGUGACAUGCAAAAGGAACUUGAUGCCCUGAUCCAGGAAGGAAUAGUUAAAUUAACGACUUUGUUGGUGAAUUCUGAUGCAGGCGGAGAAGCCGAUAGUUUUGAAUUACAGACGCAAAGGCAAAACUUCUACAGAGAUUAUAAAGCAACUGGCAGACAUAGUAGAGGCAGAUUGACUGAAAGAUUAAUAGCGGAGGGGCUCUUAACACCACAGAUGUUACGUGAGCUGCAGUCCGAAUGGAUUAGGUCAACAAGAAAGAAAAAAUAAUACAGCUCUGUGAAUAGUAGCAAAAUAUUAAGAUUAAUUGAUUAAAAGAAGUCUUUUCAUUGUGAUCGACCUAAUUGUGAAUUUAAAAAAGGCGUAAUUAAGUUGAUACGAUAUGAAUAAUUAUGUUAACAUCUUUAAGAAUCAUUAACAUUGUAAAAAUAGUAGCAAUGUUAUAUGUAUAUUCAAUUUAUGUAUAAAAAAAUCAUGUCAAGUAUUAUUUUAAUAUUCAACGUACUGUUUAGAAUAUAGAUUCGUUCGUACAUAUAAAUUAAAUUUUUUCUUAACAAAAAUAUAUCUCUUUUUUGCUCAUUAUAAA